AUGGCUGAGGCAGAGGCCCAGAGCCUAGAGGAUGGGACUGAAACACAGGGUUGCCGGAAGAUCCUUGACCACCUCCAGGCAGCUAUCAACCAAUUUCAGUUCAGCUCCAGAUUUAGCAUUUCAGAUAAUUUAAAGGUUGGCUUUUUUACCUCAGACCAUGCUACUCAGACAGAUUCCACUGAAAUUUUGCCAUUAAAAGAGUUGACUUCAUCAACAGAAAAAUUACUGCAGAUGACUACAUCACUUCAGGUGGAUUUUGGGUUUCUUAAAGAAUUGAUUCAACUAAAGUUUGAGGACCGACUUAAAGAGGAGUCUUGGAAGAUCUUUAGUGUUCUACAUGAGCGAGUUGUGGAAGUGGAAAAACACUAUCAACAGAAUGAAGAUAGCAUAAGAAAAAGCUUUCAGCAGCAAUUAGCUGAUGCCAUAGCUAUUGUCAAAGGAAUGUACAAGAAAUUUUAUGAUGUAGAAGAAGAGAAAGCUGCUUUGCAAGAUGCAACAAAUAUUAGAUUGACUGUUUUGUCAAGAAAACUGAGGGAGAAGGAAGAAAUUAUUAAGGAAUUAAGAGAAGAACUAGAGCAAUAUGAAGAUAGUAGAUUUUUUAAAGUUGACUCUUUUGCCAAAGAGACCAACUCUCCAAAACCAACCUUUGAAAAGGACAAUUUGGAUUACAAACUGGAAAAUGAGAGACUGCUCCAAAUCAUUGUAGAACUCGAAGAAGAAGUCCAGAUCAAUGCAAAAGAAAACGCAGUAUUAGAAGAUGAACUUAUAUGUAUGAAAGAGAUUGCAGAUCAGGAUCAGCGAACUAUUCAAAAGUUAAUGGAUAGUAGAGACAGAUUAAAAUAUGAGCUUGACUGUGAGAGAUUAGCAGUUCAAGAUUUGAUUAUGAAGCAGAAAGAAGACAUGGAAAUAAGAAAAAAGUAUGCCAGCCUAAGCAUGAGGGGCAUGAAAGCAGCCAAGGGAAGAGAAGCCUCUUUGUCCCCAUGGUCUUCACAGACCAGAGGUACGUUCAGGAGCUCCAGGAGCAUGGCACUUGGGAGGCCACAGUCUGUUUUCAUUGGUACAUCGCCUGCUCCCAUCAGUAGAUCACCUGCUCUCACCAGUAGAUCGCCUGCUCCCAUCGGUAGAUCACCUGAUCCCAUCAGUAGAGCACCUGCUCCCAUUGGCACAGCACCUGCUCCCAUUGGCACAGCACCUGCUCCAAUCAGCGCAUCACCUGCUCCCAUUGGCACAUCACCUGCUCCCAUUGGCACAUCACCUGCUCCCAUUGGCACAUCACCUACUCCCAUUGGUACAUCACCUGUUCCCAUUGAUACAUCAUCUGUUCCCAUUGAUACAUCACCUGUUUCCAUCAGUACAUCACCUGUUAGUACUAAGAAAGCUAAAGCUUCAAAGAAAAUUGCAAAGCAACUUAAGAUGGUUGCCUUGACUUACCGCAUUCUGAUUCCUUGUGUCAUCUUGGUGCUGUACCACUGGUAUGGCCCAAAGGGCCCAGACAGCUUCUCAGAGUUGGAGGAUUUGGUUACUAUUUUUGAUUUGCCCCCAGAGGAUGAAGACAAAAAACAUUUGGAGAGUCAAAUAGAAGCACUGAAAACUAGCUUAGAGUAUGAGAAGAGAAAGAUGGAAAGAUUUAGAAAGGAAGCAGAGCGGAUAAACAAAAACUGGGAGAGGAAAUUCUUUAUCCUUAGGAACAGCUUCCAUGUCCUUAAGGAUGAGAUGUUUACAAGACACACACUGUUUCGCCAGUUUGCAGUGCUUGCUGAAACUUCCUUUAAUUAUGUUGUAAGUACAUAUAAUGCUUAG